UCUCGUCAUGAUUUCCACUUUGUAUCUAUUAUACUACAGGGAAGCCAUCAGAAGAUGAGGGCAACAAUACCAAUAUUACUGGCCCUCUGUGCAAUGGCACUGGGGAAAAUAGAAAGGAUGCCCAUGCCUGCAAAUAUGUGCAAGACUUACAGAAACCUAGGUACGGAGUAUAAAAAAUCAGGAAACACUAAAACGCAGCAUGAAAUACAAGACCUAGGACUUAAACAAUAUCUUUGGGAAACCGACCGCACUCGUUCUUCCAAGAAGAUUCCUGAUGCCACUGUGAAAUAUAUAGAAAGUUUGGAUAGAGAGAUUUACAAUGCAGCCAGCCAGCAGGGCAGAAAAAAGAGACAAACCGGAUGGUAUCGCGGCGAACGGAAGGAGAUCAGAAUGCUUAGUGAUGAAGAAAGGCGGGCAGUUUUUAAUUGUUUUAACACACUUAAACAAACUAAGACAUUGGAACCUAAUGUAUACGAUGCCUUAGCUAGUGUUCAUCACGGUGCAGCUACCCCAGUGGCUCAUUUCGGUUGUGGCUUCCUUGGGUUCCACAGAAUUUAUCUCCUUAGAUUGGAGUUGGCGAUGAGGCAAUACUGUGGCCGUACGAUAACUAUCCCUUACUGGGCAACAACCCUCGACAACCCACUUCAAGAUCCUGCUCAGUCUGUUUUAUGGACUCCCGAGUUCUUUGGAAAUGCUUACGGUUUCGUGGAGACAGGACCAUUUGCCAACUGGACGGACCGCUCAGGAAGAACAAUAUCUCGUAAUCUUAAUAACGUUGGCUCCCUCAUCACUGAAAAAGACAUUGAACGAGUGAUUGAACAAAAUAAGCAUUAUCAUGACAUUUUUUAUCGCCCGGAUAGUCCAUCCGCAGCUGAUUCUGGAAAUACAAUAGAAGGUGUUCAAAACGAUGGAUAUGGGUUUAUGGGAGGAACCAUGGAUCGAAUGAAUAAUGCACCUUACGAUCCAGUUUUCUUUUUCUACCACGCAUUCGUCGACUAUAUAUUUGAAAAAGCUCGAGAGAGUUUUAGAACCAGAGGAUUUAACCCUGCAAAUGAUUAUCCAGAAUGCACCGGCGAUCAUGCCGCCCAGUCUCCUAUGGCUAGCUACACUUUCUUCAGAAACAUUGAUGGUCUGAACGACAUCUGGACUAAUCAGUACUUUUAUUAUGCCGAUCCACCAACUUGUUCAGCAAUAAAUCGAGAUUGUGGGUCAAAAUAUCUUGCCUGUAGAAAUAUGAGAGGACAAUGGAAAUGUCUGACUAGAGUAGCUAAUUAUGCAUUCGGUGCUUCUCCAGAGUUACGUAUGGCAUCUUAUGCAAUGAAUGAGCAACUUGGUGGUCAAAGGAUUCAAGUACCUGUUGGUAACGUUAACAUAGGAUUGCCUAGUAAUAUCAACACAGGGUUAACCGCUCCAACAGAUCCACUUGGAGGAACAGUUCCACAAAAUCCCUGGAACUUAGCUGGUCCAAAAGUAGAACUGCCGGUUUCUCCUCCUCAAACAGCUGGCGCUGGUCCAUUUACAGAAUCACAAAUGGGAACAAACGUUAACCAACAAUUUGGCCCUGGUGGCAACACGUUAUCACAACAGGUACAGCCAGAUCCCUAUCCUGGACAAGUAGGAAUUGGUCAAACGCAAAAUAACCCUGGUUUUCAACCAUCUGUAUUGGGUGAAACAGGUGCAUCUCAAUUUGGUAAUCAAAUGGUGCACUCACUUCCAGUUCAACCUUCUCCAGUACAGUCACUGUCAGUACAAUUACCAGUACAGUCACAACCUCCACAAGGAAAUCUGCACACUGGUGUACACUCUGCUUUUAACCCUUUUGAACAAAAAAGUCAGCCGCCACAAGGAAUGAAUGGACCUGGCAAUAUGGAAUUACCCGUAAUGGGUAAUCCAGGUGGUGGAAUGGAACUUCCAGUAAUGAAUCCAGUGAAUCCUGUUAUGGAUCCUGUGAAUACAUUUGAACCCAUCGGAAGUCCAAUGGAGCAACAAAUAGGUCCUAAUCCACAGGUAUCAGGUCCAGAAAUACAAGUUAGGAAUCCACAAACACUUGCACAAUCACAACCUGUUGUUGUCAAUCCAGCUCCAGCAAAACCACCAGUGGAUAUUGGUCCACAACCAAUACCAGUGACACCACCUCCUAAACCUACGAACCCAUCCCAAGCAGUUCAGCCCCUAGAACCUCGACCUCAGCCACCUUCCAUCAUCUCUAAUCUGAAUAUACCUGGCGGUCAACAAGGAGGAAGUACUAAUUUCUUCAGCUGGAGGACACAACCUCAAAAUUCGUUCAGUAUGAGAAGACAGAAACGCAGUGUGACGCAAAAUGUGCCAUUGCCACUUAACAAUGAAAAGACUUCAUGGGUACACAAUUUAGCCUAUCCACAACAAAAUACUUUUGAAAUUGAUGGAGUUGCAGACUCUUCCAAAUGGCUUUACGUUCCAAUUAGUGUUACAGUGAUAAGGUCACCAAAUCGUACAUUUGAGAUUCUUGGAUAUGAAAAAGGAAUGAAUUCUCAAUACGAUAUUUAUGAUCCGAUCAAUUCUAGACAAUUUCAGAGAAGAAUAACAACCCAAGCCCUACCAAAGCGCUCACAUUCAUCAAUAAGUGGUUCUGGUGCUUCUCAGAUUUAUUUGAAGGCUGAUGGCUUGUCUUAUGAUGGAUCCUACAUGGACUAUGUGAUUGCUGAUGAACGUUUGCCAAUAUCAGAGUACACAGGGUUUGUGGCAAUAAAAGACCCACAGUAUGGAAGAUCUCAAACACACGUUUCCGUGUUUGAUUCACUAGGACAAAUUUGUAAACCAAGAUGUGCAACUUCUAGAUCAAGGUCCAAUCCUAAAUAUCGCCCCUGUUCAGGAAUUGUUGAAGCUGAAACUUCUUCUCCAGAUAUGGCUUACAAAAGCAUUCCAGAUGCAAUAAUGGACAUGUGGGCCGUUAGGGAUCCCUAUCCUCCUCGCAUGUACAGACCAACAUAUCUUGAAUUCCUUUGUGACAGUACAAACACUCUUUACUGGGAGGGCUGUCAGAAUGACAGAUAUCAAUAACAAUAUCAAUAAAAACAUUGUACUCUUUUUAUAUCAAAAUAAUUAUAAAAACAAUUGUCUGUGGUAAUUUAAAUUAUAUUACUGUAAAUGUACAUAAAAAAGCGCAGUCAAAAUUCGGCGCAUUUUUUUAAUCAACCAAUCAUGAAUUAGCACUUUUUGAGCCAUGCAUUUGUUGAAAACAUUACAUUAGCCUGUACUUGAAUAGACGAAGAAACGGUAUAAAAGAUGCUAAAACAGGAUUAUUUUGGAAUAUGUAAGUUUACAGUAAUGGGAUAAAAUCCUAGGUAUUUUAAUUACAAUAAUUUAAGAUAUCACAAUAUUUUUGACAAUCAUUGUCUUGAAAUUUUCAGACGAUGAAUUAGCACUUUUGUGCGUGUUCAUUCCUGUGAUGCAGUGACUCAGUCUGGGAGAUUUUUUUAAAGUAUUGACUGCAUCGUCUUCUGAAAAUGAAUGGUUUCUACAGCUCAUACAUAAUGGCAAUAAACAGUUGUAAACCAG